AUUAUAGGACCGUCUUAAGGCAGCGACAUCUCAUUCGCCAGUCUGUGGUAGUUGGGUUUAAAUUGGUUGGCGGUUAGUUGCCGGGCUCAGCUAAGACAGUGAGUUUUUUCUCCGUGUUUGCUGCGGCAUCCGCAGUACCCUGCUCUCCGCAGCCUCCACCCAAGCACCAUGGCUCCUAGAAAGCGUAGCAGUCGGGCAGCUAAGACCAACUCCUUACGGAGUCGGAAACUCGCCUCGUUUCUUAAGGACUUCGACCGUGAAGUGCAAGUGCGAAUCAAGCAAAUUGAGUCAGACAGGCAGAACCUCCUCAAGGAGGUGGAUAACCUGUACAACAUCGAGAUCCUGCGGCUCCCCAAGGCGCUGCGCGAGAUGAACUGGCUCGAAUACUUUGCUCUUGGAGGAAACAAACAGGCCCUGGAAGAGGCAGCAACAGCUGAUGUGGAUAUCACAGAAAUAAACAAAUUAACAGCAGAAGCUAUUCAGACACCCCUGAAAUCUGCCAAAAAACGAAAGGUAGUACAAGUGGAUGAAAUGAUAAUGGAAGAAGAAGAAGAAGGAAAUAAGCCUAAGAGUUCUCAAACUACAAGAGCCAAAAGAUGUCCUCCGUCUAAGAAGAGAACCCAGUCCGUACAAGGAAAAGGCAAAAGGCCAAGCUAUGACAACCUUGUGACCCCAGCUGUGGGCCGAUUGGAGUUGUCUAUGGUGAAGCCAACUCCAGGCAUGACACCCCGGUUUGACUCCAGAGUCUUCAAGACCCCUGGCCUGCGCACUCCAGCAGCCAGAGAGCAGAUUUACAACAUCUCUGUCAAUGGCAGCCCUCUCGCUGACAGCAAAGAGAUCUCCCUCACUGUGCCAGUGGGCGGCGGCGCGAGCAUGCGGUUAUUGGCCAGUGACUUGCAGAGGAUCGAUAUUGCACAACUGGACCCAGAGGCCUUAGGAAACAUUAAGAAGCUCUCGAUGGAAAUUGAGUUUCAGAAAGGUCAGAGAGUACGUGAUACGAAUAGAGGAUGGAAGGGCAAAGAUUCACUCAGACCUGUUCUUGGGUGGACUAACCGGCUGGCCCAAAUCUGCAGCACCAUACGGACCCACAAAUGAGAAGACAGCAGGGCAUGUCGGAUCGGAUUGGAACAUGCGUGUCUCCCUUUUCCCCUCCUGUUUCUCCUCUGGUGCAGGGAAGAGACGGGCUUACUAAGGGGGCCCCCAGAAUCUUUCACUUGCUGUGCCCAGCAGUUCUUGUCAUGCUGAUUUGUGGGACAACAUUCUGUGUUUAUUCCUGUUUAUCAAAGACCAAAAAUUGCUUGGAGGCAGCUUCCAUGUCUUGCACCUCUACCUCUCUAGUUAAUGGGAGUUUAGAUAAGGGAACCGUAGGGCUUAGAGUAGUCUAGGGUUUUACGUGACCAACCAGAGUAACUGUCUCUAAGCUGUCUGAUCCAGUGGUCCCUGCUGAGUCUGCCAACUGCAUCUGAUGGGGAUGGGAGCCUCGGGAGGACAAGUGUAACUUGUCUGGUGACCUCGUUCCCUGUGUUUAACCUAUGCCCAGGGCAAGGACUAGUUAUGAGAAGUCAGCGGUGAGACCUUUGUGCUUCAACAGCCUCUCUGCCCUAAAGGAUCAUGACCUGUGCUCUGAGAAUUUGGGAACCGGUGUUCUCAUCUCCAGGCCUGUGGACACACAGCCUCCUUCUGUAUGGCUCUUGGUUAUAUUUUGUAUUACUAAUUCUGUCCUGCAUAGACUGACUUGUUUUCAAGUUGUUUUAUCCUCCCUUUCUUAAGACUUUUGUACAUACUGUCUUCCUGAGUGAUGGUGUUCCUGCUUUCAAUAAAUUCUGGUUUGGUUUUUUA